UUCGUGCAAAUUGAAGAGAUGAAAAUUGUUAAGAGAUAGGAUAUCAUAGGCGGGCUGAGCUUAAUAGAAAAAUAGUAGAAAUUCUACCAGUCUUAAUUGAUCCAAAUCCGAAUUAAAUUUCGUUAAACUCAUAAAUCCAUUUUCCUUUCUCUUUAAGUUUUCUCUCAUUCCCAAACAAAGCCUUAAUCCCACAUCCACAUAUACGGUACAAUAAAAAGUUAAGGUGUAGAGGCAGCAUUAGUCCGUUAAUAUCGUUGGUUCCCGCUAAAGACCUGCUCAAGAUCACACCAAAUAAACCAAAAAAAAAAAAAAAAAAGAAAGAAAGAAAAAAAGACUCUUUCUUAUACUCUCUCUAUUACUCUCUUUGCCUUUUGCACAUAUGAAAAACUGCAUCUAAUAACCUUUCUUUUUUUGUUCUUUUUACCCUUUACUUAAUUGGAUUGAGAUUGAGAUUUUGUUGUGUAAUUAAUAGCAAAUUGAUAACAAUGGAUGAAGAAUAUGAUGUGAUAGUUCUUGGUACUGGUCUCAAGGAAUGCAUUCUUAGUGGUCUUCUUUCUGUUGAUGGACUCAAGGUGUUGCAUAUGGACCAAAAUGACUAUUAUGGAGGAGAAUCAUCUUCUCUUAAUCUUAAUCAGCUCUGGAAACGCUUCAGGGGUAGUGACAAGCCUCCGGAAAGCCUUGGUCCAAGCAAGGAGUAUAAUGUUGAUAUGAUACCUAAGUUCAUAAUUGCCAAUGGAAAUUUGGUUCGGGUUCUCAUCCAUACUGAUGUUACCAAGUAUCUUAACUUCAAGGCUGUGGAUGGUAGUUUUGUGUACAAUAAAGGAAAGAUAUACAAAGUCCCAGCAAAUGAUGUCGAAGCACUGAAGUCACCUUUGAUGGGGUUGUUUGAGAAGCGCCGGGCUCGCAAGUUCUUCAUUUAUGUCCAAGAUUAUGAAGACAAUGAUCCAAAAUCUCAUGAAGGACUUGACUUGAACAAAGUUACAGCAAGAGAGAUUAUCUCAAAAUAUGGACUGGAAGAUGAUACCAUUGACUUUAUUGGUCAUGCAUUGGCACUUCAUCUUGAUGAUAGUUACUUGGAUCAGCCAGCUCUGGAUUUUGUGAAGAGAAUGAAGCUCUAUGCAGAGUCUUUAGCACGUUUCCAAGGGGGAUCACCAUAUAUAUAUCCAAUGUAUGGACUAGGAGAAUUGCCUCAGGCAUUUGCACGCUUAAGUGCGGUAUAUGGUGGAACUUACAUGUUGAACAAGCCAGAAUGCAAGGUGGAAUUUGAUGCAGAUGGCAAAGCCAUUGGCGUGACCUCUGAAGGGGAGACUGCUAAAUGCAAGAAAGUUGUCUGCGAUCCAUCAUAUUUGUCCAACAAGGUUCAGAAAGUUGGGAAAGUCGCUCGUGCUAUAUGUAUAAUGAGCCAUCCUAUUCCGAACACCAGUGAUUCUCACUCAGUCCAGCUUAUUCUUCCACAGAAGCAACUUGGUCGCAAAUCGGAUAUGUACCUUUUCUGCUGUUCUUAUUCUCACAAUGUUGCUCCCAGAGGAAAAUAUAUAGCUUUUGUUACAACUGAAGCAGAGACAGACACCCCUGAAGUGGAACUGAAGCCCGGAAUCGAUCUGCUUGGUCCUGUGGAUGAGAUAUUGUAUGAAACUUAUGACAGAUACAUACCUGCCAACAACCCUGAAGCCGACAAUUGCUUCAUAUCUACUAGUUAUGAUGCAACAACACACUUUGAGACCACAGUAGACGAUGUGAUUGCGAUGUACAGUAAGAUUACUGGAAAGACUCUUGAUCUUUCUGUGGACCUGAGUGCUGCAAGUGCUGCUGAAUAACAACAUUUAUUGUUUUCCACAAUGGUCAAGCAUUAGCAGGAGAACGCAAAUGGGAAACUCUGCUCCUUCACCAGUUCAUUGAUUUUUAUUUGUCUUACAUGUGCUAUGCCCGGAUGGCUUCUAGUUGGCUAACCAAUAAUACUACUAUUUGAAAGACACUGAUUUUUGUUUUCCCUUCAAUUGUUUUAAUUAAUUUAUUAUUUUAACAUUUUUUUUUUAUUAAUUUAGAUUAUUAAGUACUAUUAA